AUGCCGUUCAACUUCCCACGAACUGAGCCUUUCCACUUUGCCGGGUUGUCGGGAGACCAGCAUCGACUCGUCGUGAAGAAGCUGGCCCCCAGUUCGUCCCUGAAGUUACUAACCGUCGAUCGAGCAAGCAGAAAACUGCUCCUUGCGCUGGGCCCGUUCUCUGGAAAUAUCAGCCGACUGACCUACUGUAUAUACCAACGUCCCGGCACUGGUAUCACCGCCGGAAGCUUCAUCACCAUUGAAAUUGAUGCCGUAGAGUCGGUGUUGGUCACCCCCAGCGCAAUACACCAUCCAGUCUAUAAAAACUGCCACUACUUUCCUCAUCUAUGCGGCGGAAGCCAUCGAUUCCUCUGGCGAUUGCUGGAAUCAAUACGACGACCGAAGCACUUCGAUAUCUAUGCUACAAAUUGGGGCAAAAGGUUGCCAAGACGGGAGCGGCCGAUGGGGUGGAACGACGGUCACAACCUCACUGACCAUUUACGAUUGGGGGCUGCCCUUGUGCAGACCAUCGCGAUUGAAUGGCUGAGCCAGCCGCCACGCAUGACGCCAUUCACAGAAAACCUGCCAUGGCCGCUGCUGGGACUAGUGGAGGGAAUGUCGAGCUUUUCAUUAAACACUUCUCAUAUCUCGGAGGAUCGGCGUGAAACGGAACUCAUACUACAACAUUGCCGACCAGCAGUAGCGCAAAGCACCCAUCUCAUCCUCUCGUUCCACACUCGCCUGCGGCUCCGUGAUCAACUCAUAACACACGGCGUACAAUUCAUCGAGCAAGAACGAUUUCCCACUCAACAUCCAUUUGGAAAAGUUGCCGUCAACUGUGUCAUUGGACUGCCACAUCUAAUCUGCCAAUUCCAGGUAGAGAAAUUG